GACAGGAGACAAACUCCAGGAAAACUGACGGAGCUGGCGCACCGUGUAACGGGAGGGUUACAUUUCUGCGUAAAGAGGGAACUUUGUAUGGACAUGAGGAUAUUUUGGGACCAUUUGCUAGUUCUAACAGAAACGCCGGACCUAUAAGGAAAAAAAAAACCCGCAUUAUUUACUUUCACUAGUCGAAGCUACAGGGGUAUUUUUAAACAGUUUAUGACCUUAAUCAAACAUGACUGAAAUGACUGUUUGACGAAUGAAAAUGCGCAUCGACCACACCGCCGUCCACUGAGGAGAGUAGGUGCUCAGAAGCCCGCCAAUGUUCACCUUUUGUCGGCACUUCAAAGCAGUUUGUUAAAACAUUCAUCCACGGGCUUCAGUGAGAGAAAAAAGGGUUAGCAGCAUGGCAGAGCACGAGAGCCUGGAGUAUGGAAAAGCAGAUUUUGUGCUUUUGGACAACGUGUCUAUGGAAGAGUUCAUGACUAACCUAAAACUCAGGUUUGAGAAGGGCAGGAUCUACACCUACAUCGGAGAGGUGGUAGUGUCCGUCAAUCCCUACCGUGCCAUGAACAUCUACGGCCGCGACAUCGUAGAGCAGUACAAGGGCCGCGAGCUGUAUGAGAGGCCGCCCCACCUGUUCGCCAUCGCCGAUGCUGCUUACAAAGCCAUGAAGAGGAGGAACAAAGACACUUGUAUUGUUAUCUCAGGGGAAAGUGGAGCAGGAAAGACAGAAGCCAGCAAGUACAUAAUGCAAUACAUAGCUGCUAUCACUAAUCCAAAUCAGAGGGCUGAAGUUGAAAGGGUGAAAAACAUGCUGCUCAAAUCCAACUGUGUCUUGGAGGCCUUCGGGAACGCCAAGACCAACCGCAACGACAACUCCAGCCGCUUUGGCAAGUACAUGGACAUCAACUUUGAUUUCAAGGGAGAUCCCAUUGGAGGCCACAUCAGCAACUACCUGCUGGAAAAGUCCAGGGUCAUUUUCCAACAGGAAGGAGAGAGGAGCUUUCAUUCAUACUACCAGCUGCUCAGAGGAGCUCCAGAUUCCCUGUUACGCUCUCUUCACAUGCAGAAGGAUCCGACGGCUUACAACUACAUCAAAGUUGGAGGCCAAAUUAAGUCUUCCAUCAACGAUGGCGCUGAUUUCAAAGCUGUAGCUGAUGCCAUGAAAGUGAUCGGUUUCACAGGGGAUGAGAUUCAGACUGUUUACAAGAUCCUGGCCACCAUCCUACAUCUGGGAAACCUGACAUUUGGGGUGGACGGUGAUGUGACCUUGAUAGAGAACACAAAGCUGGUGUCUGUGAUCAGGGAGCUGCUGUCCACCAAAGAAGAAAAUGUGGAGAAGGCCCUGCUCUACCGCACCGUGGCCACCGGUCGAGACGUCAUCGAGAAGCAGCAUACGGCACAAGAGGCCAGCUACGGACGGGACGCUCUAGCCAAGGCCAUGUACGAGCGCCUGUUCUGCUGGAUUGUGGGACGAAUCAAUGACAUCAUUGAGGUGAAAAACUACGAUGCCAGAGUCCACGGAAAGAACACCGUCAUCGGUGUGCUGGACAUCUAUGGUUUUGAGAUUUUCCAGAACAACAGCUUUGAACAGUUCUGCAUAAACUACUGUAAUGAAAAGCUGCAGCAGCUUUUUAUCCAGCUGGUGCUGAAGCAGGAACAGGAAGAGUAUCAGCGAGAAGGCAUCCCCUGGAAACAUAUUGAUUACUUCAAUAACCAGAUCAUUGUGGAUUUGGUGGAGCAGCAGCAUAAGGGCAUCUUCUCUGUGCUGGACGAAGCCUGUAUGAAUGUGGGCAAAGUCACGGAUGAGGUUUUCCUUCAAGGACUCAAUGGCAAGCUGGCCAAACACGCCCACUACACCAGCCGCAAGCUCUCACCAACUGACAAGAGUUUGGAGUUUGACCGAGACUUUCGCAUCAGACACUACGCAGGAGAUGUGGUGUACUCGGUGGUGGGUUUUAUUGAUAAGAACAAAGACACGCUGUUCCAGGAUUUCAAGAGACUGCUGUAUAACAGUUCUAACCCAGUUCUGAAGGCGAUGUGGCCUGAGGGCAAACUGAGCAUCACUGAGGUCACCAAACGCCCACUAACCGCUGCAACGCUCUUCAAAAACUCCAUGAUCUUGUUGGUGGAGAACCUGGCCUGCAAGGAACCCUACUAUGUUCGCUGCAUCAAGCCCAACGACGUCAAGUCCCCUCUACUCUUCGAGCAGGAGCGCUGCCGCCACCAGGUGGAGUACCUCGGGCUGCUGGAGAACGUCAGAGUGCGGCGUGCCGGCUUCGCCUACAGACAGACAUACCCUCGCUUCCUACAGAGAUACAAGAUGAUCUCAGAGUUUACGUGGCCAAACCAUGACUUGCCAUCAGACAAAGAUGCAGUGAAGAGGCUCAUGCAGGGGUGUGGAUUUGACCAUGACACGGCCUAUGGAAAAACUAAGGUCUUCAUCCGCACACCACGUACCCUCUUCAGCCUGGAGGAGCAGCGAGUGGAAAUGGUCCAGAGAAUUGUCCUCUUCCUCCAAAAGGUGUGGAGGGGCACCAUAGCCAGAAUGCGAUAUCGGCGGAUGAGAGCGGCCCUCGUCAUCCUGCGGGCCUACCGACGCUACAAGGUGAAAUCUUACAUCCGCGAGGUCAACCGGCGCUUCAAAAAUGUCCGAUCCAUGAAGGACUACGGCAGGCAUGUGAAAUGGCCAACGCCCCCCAAAGUCCUGCGCAAGUUUGAAGAGGCACUCAGGAGCAUCUAUAACAGGUGGUGGGCAUGGACACUGAUCAAAGGUCUCUCUCCAGAAGAGGCCCUGCAGGUGAGGGCCAAGGUAGCCAGCCUGGAGGCCCUGAAGGGCCAAAGGGCCGACUUGGGGCUACAGAGAGCCUGGGAAGGAAACUACCUGAAGCGAGACAGCGCUGAUACGGCUGCAUCGUUCACACUGGUUUCCAGCGAGCUGCAGCGAAAAGACAAAUUCAUGAGAGUUUUGUUCUCCUGCAACGUGCGCAAGAUCAACCGUUUCCACAAGGCGGAGGACCGGGCUGUGCUCAUCACUGACCGCCACCUGUACAAGAUGGACCCCCUGAAGCAGUACAAACCCAUGAAAAGCAUCCCCCUCUACAACGUGACGGGAGUAAGCGUGUCCCCUGGGAAGGACCAGCUGGUUGUGUUCCACACCAAGGACAGCAGGGAUCUUGUGGUGUGCCUGCAGGGCAUGGUGCCGGCCAAUGAGAGCCGCAUCGGAGAGCUAGUUGGCACCCUACUUAGCCACUUCAAGAGUGAGAAGAGGAAGCUGCAGGUGAACAUCGUGAGUCCCAUCCAGUGCAGCAUGAGCGGGAGGAAGUGCACGGUCAUCGUCGAGCCCAAGAUCAACCAAUCGCAGCCAGACUUCACCAAGAGCCGAUCUGGUUACAUCCUGGCUGUUCCUGGCAACUAAAAUAGGCCAAAUGAAAAAGAAAUAAAACGGUUACAGCUGAUUUCCAAACCAGGGCGUGAUGAUGACGAUGAUUCACUUUUUUUUUUUUUUUUUUUUUUUGCCGAGCUGCUGAUAAUGUGAUGAUUUAAAUAGCAGCUCUGUAGGAGGAUUGUGGUAAUUGAAUCCGUAAUGUAUGCAAAGCCAUGCCAAAUUUGACCUGUUUAGUAGAUUUCUAUGCAAUGUUACUCUAAACAGCAAGUGCACAGUGCGCCUACAUGCAAGAUGCUAUUAGCUAAACAGGUUUAAUGAUAUGCACUACAGGAUAAUCCAAAUUACAGAUGAUUUGCUUUGUGCAAUAUUUACUUCAUUUUAGAUGGAAUAUUGUAGUAGUCAAGGUGAGAGGAGAUUGUGCAGCAACUGUUUUCUGAACCACUGAUUGCAUAAUAGGAAAAAAAAAAUCCAAAGGCUUUACAGGAAUUUAUAAUCUGUGCAGCUCCGUGUGUAGGAGGCUUAGCACCAUCCAAAGUGUAACCCUGAAACAGGAAGUAAGAUGAUAUUUAUGUAUGAUUUUUCAGAUACUUGAUAUGUGUUCUAAGGAAUAAUAACGUAAACAAAUUAAAUUAAAGGCUUACCUACCUACAUACAGAAAUUGCAGCGAACACUUUUUUUUGUUUUUUUUCAAUCACGUAUGAAAACAGCGACGUGUGAUUCAGCGGUUCAGUCAGUGUCUGAGGCACAAACUCCAAAUUCACUGUUAGUUUGUUAGUCACAAGAUGUUGCCCAGGAUGUGUUGAGCAUAUUCUGAACAUCGCAACCUGCUACAUUAAUUUAAAUCCUGCUUUGUAUACUCUCUACUGCAAUGUGUACUUUUAUAAUAUAGUAUAAUACUGCUUAUAUAGUAAAGGUUCGAAUAUACUUUAUGUGACAGCACUAUACUGCAUUUAGUAUGAAAAGAGAUGCUAUAACUAAAACUGAAUAACUCUAGUUUAGCAGCAGAGUUUUGUUGGCCAGUACUGUAUAAUCCCACGUGAACUCCAGCCCCUGAACAUAGUCUCAUUUGCUGUCUUUGUGUUGAGUGAAUAGCCUAAUGAAUUGUAGCGUUCCUUUGACAAACAUCCCCUUCAUCAGAGAGAAAGAGAGUGUGAGAGUACGACUGUGUGUGCUGUAUGUGUGUUGAUUAGCUCUUUUGAGCUCUCCUCUUGUUUGCUUGGAGACUGAGAGCCUGGCCGCAGGCCACAGUGAAGGAGGGAAGACAGAGGCUCAAAGGGUGGGAAGUCUGGAAUCAGACUGCUGUCCUAGGUUACCUCCUUGUCUGAUGAUGGGAAGGACUUUUUGUGGACUGUUUUGAGACUUUAUUUUCAUCUGUUCAACCUAAGCUCCCUUUUGCAGUUCUUUUUUUAAAGUCAAAUCACACCAAUCAAAUCAUCAGCACUUGAUUUGUACUGUUCUCACAAGCUGUCGGCUGCGUUGAACAUUUUCACUCUGUUUUCAUCCUGUGGUAAGUGUUAGCACAUUAGAGUAUGUUCUUUUUCCAGCCAUUGCAAGGAAAUAUGUGGCAGUACAGAAGUUCAUGAGAUGCGGGAUGUCUGGCUAAUUUUAAUAUAAUAAUAGUUCAUAAGGCGUAAUUAUCUGUUCUUGUGUAAGGUGUUUGCUGCUCUUUAACCGACCUAAUUAUUCAGAGUUUAAAAGUUGAUUAUUGGCCUUUGAAACAGCAGUUGAGAAAACAAUUUCUUCACAAGGUAGCGUGUAGAGCUAACGUCUAACAUGCUAGUCAGCCAGGCCCAUGCAAACGCUACUCAAAUCUAUGUUCUGAGUGUCAAUAUUAUUGUAUUAUUAAAGGUAGGAUUGUGAAGAUCCAGGAAUUAGCCAAAAAAUUUGAACAUCGACAACU